GGUACUUUACUGACGUUGGUUUUGGACGACCCCCCAGGAGGUAAACUUACCUGUGGUGAUGCAUGCUUCCACUGAUCUUAUAGAAACGCAGCAUCAGCCUGCAUGUCUCGCUGCGAUCCGCAACGGAGGACUGAGCUUGCUGUAGUUUCUGAGGAGACAUGGAAGUGGCACAGGAAUGGCCCGAGCCCAUUGUCCGGGUGCAGAGCUUGGCUGAUGCCGAAGCCAUCCCCGAGAGGUACAUCAAGCCACCGUCCGAGCGUCCCAAUCUGAAUCCCGGCACGGCCAUGGCGGCAGGUGAGACAGAAUGCCUUCCCGUCGUAGACCUCGGCGGGCUUAGAGGUGGCGCGGCGGAGAGGCAAGCGACGAUGCGCGCUGUGUCGGAUGCGUGCAGGGAGUGGGGUUUCUUCCAGGCGGUGAACCACGGGGUGAGCCCAGCGCUGACGGCGGCGGUCAUGGAGGCGUGGAGGCAGUUCUUCCAUCUUCCCAUGGCGGAGAAGCAGGCGUAUGCCAAUUCCCCCACCUCGUUCGAGGGCUACGGCAGCCGCCUCGGGGUCAAGAAGGGCGCCAUUCUUGACUGGGGCGACUACUUCUUCCUUCAGCUGUUACCGCAGUCCAUCAAGAACUACGACAAAUGGCCAACACUUCCUGCUUCCUUGAGGGAGACGACUGAGGCCUACGGCGACGAACUGGUGAAGCUGUGCGGGGUGAUAAAGGAGGUGCUGUCGUUAACCCUAGGAAUGGACGAAGGGUUCCUUCACAGAGGAUUCGGGGAGCCUGGCGCUUGCCUGAGGGUGAACUUCUAUCCCAAGUGCCCGCAGCCGGAGCUCACCCUCGGCCUCUCUCCCCACUCCGACCCCGGUGGGAUGACCGUGCUGCUCACCGACGAGCACGUCAAGGGGCUGCAGGUGCGCAAGGGCGACGACUGGAUCACGGUGCAGCCGAUCCCUGAUGCUCUCAUCGUCAACAUCGGCGACCAAAUCCAGGUGUUGACGAAUGCCACCUACAAGAGCGUCGAGCACCGAGUGACGGUGAACGCGACAACGGAGCGGCUCUCCCUUGCCUUCUUCUACAACCCCGACGACGACCUGCCCAUCGAGCCCGCCGCCGAGCUGGUGACGCCUACCUCGCCGCCGGUGUACAAGCCGAUGACGUUCAAGGAGUACAAGAUGUACAUGAGGAUGUUGGGCCCCUGUGGCAAGUCGCACGUAGAUCUCCACAAGGCUGCAUGAUCGACGCGUGAAUUGGAUUCGAUUGUUGUUGUUGUGCCAAUGCAACAUAUACGUUAUGCUCGAAAGGAUUCGUCUUAAUCGUGUCUCCUCCUCAUUUGUCCUUUUUGAUUUGAUCGAAUAAGAGACAUUGCUUUAUUUA